AUGUCAGCUGAGAAGAAACAAAGGAUUGAGAGUGUUCGACCUGACGACCUUUCGCGUUACUUGGAGGACAUGCGUAAGAGGGGUUACACAGUAGUUGCUGCGGAACAGACCACAGACAGUGUACCGUUACAUAAGUACAAAUUCCCACUGAAG